CGGCGCAAUAAACACUUGUCUUUUCGUUCGAAAAAUCGUCAAUUUCGAUCCACUGAGCCAACUCCUUGCUAUUGCGAUCGCGAUAACGUGCCUUCUCAUUUACCGAAAUAUGUAAAAUAUCGAAAAAUCUAAAAAUGUUUGGUGAAAUUAAAGAAUUCGCCCAAGCCUGCUGGAAGGAGGUCCUUGAUUUGGCCGAUGGUGCGGCUGUUUACAUUGACCAUCCGGCGACCGAAUGCUUGCACUGGCACACCGGUGACAAAGCUUACUUGACUUUGAAGGAUGCCGGUGCAGUAUCGGUUCACGAAUUGGCGCUCUAUAAUUUUCACAAUCUUAAAGCCAAAAAUGCUACCAAAGCCCUAAUUAUUUCAACGUCGACCGAUACUCUGUUCUAUCAGAGAACUUUGAAAGUUAUCAUUGAGAAAAACAAUUUCCAAAAGUGUUAUGUAGUAUGUACAGCACAUAAAAAAAUUCUGCAAUACACCUCCAUCAAAACUAAUGAUGAUAUAGAAAGUGCAAAUAGUUAUGACUCUUUGAAAGAUGACAUUUUAUACUGGAUGAAUGACAAAAUGUUCACAGAAACUUCACAAGUUACAAUGAUAUUCAAGCCAAUUUUUAUAGCUUGCUUGAAAAAAGAUAUUUUUGUAACGCCACCAUUUGGAAAUUUAAUACCUUCCAUUGAUCAAGUUCUUUUACACGAUUAUGAAGCUGAGAUUGAUUUUUUAAUAAGCUCUUUCCACACUCUAUUUUCUUAUUUCAAUGUGACAGAAGAUGUAUUUUAUUUAGGCAAAUGUGGUCAAUACGUUGCUGAAAAGAUGAACCAUUUUGAUGCAGCAGUCAACAGAAGAAAUCGUAAUUCAGAACAAAAGAAAGUAUCUCUGAUAUUUGUUGAUAGACUUCUUGACUUAUCUACAGCAACUAGCCAUAACUCAGAAUCAAUGAUGGGAAAAAUUUUAUGCACUUUGCCACAUCUAUCACACCACUAUAAUGAUGUCGCAAUCAAUAUGCAAGCAAUGAAUCUUAAAGAUGAAGAAAGUAACUCUACUCUCAUGGUCCCAGGAUGCCUAGCUAAUUCUGAUGAGGCAAUAAUGAAAAUUCUUUUUAACAUGAAACAGAAAGAAGUUUUGACCUCUCUAAAUAAAAUGUUAAUAGAUAUGUCAGAGGGAAGUCCUAAAACAAACAAAAUUUCAUCAAGAAUUUCGGCUCAUAGCUUGGAAAAAGGACUUCAAAAAUUUAGAGAGACAGAAACUAUUGAAUCAUUAUGCAACAAGACAAAAAAUGUGCAGCUUAUUUCCGCUGUGGUUCAAGCUUUAAAAUCAAACAAAACUCCUCAAAUUGAUUUUAUCAUCAGUUUAGAAAAACUGAUACUACAAAAUUUAGCUGUGAGUGGAGAUUCCUCAAGUAUUUUAUCUCAACUAAGUAAUAUUGUAAAAACAAGAGCUAGCCGAGGUUUGGAUAUGGAUUAUUUACUAGCACUUUUUAUCCAUUUAUAUGCAAUGGCAGGACCAGAUAUCAAGUUUACUGAACAACAAGAAAAAAAUUUCAGAGAUUCUAUGAGCAGUGCUAUUUAUGAAGAUAUAAACAAAUGUAAUGAAACUGACUUGAUGGAUGAAUAUUCAACAUACUAUCAAACAUUAUUAUUAUUAGGUAUCACUAACGAAGAAUCUGCCAGAGAAAUUUCUGAUAAAAUUACUGAUAGAAUAAUGAAUAUAUUGCACAAAGUAUUGAAUCAAAGAGAAAUGCUUCAAAAUUACAAGCAAGUAAUGCAUAAAACAAAUCCUCGAGAAAUGGCUAGACAUGUUGGUUUAUUAGAACAGCUUAUCACUGAUUUAUUAGAUGAAAAAAGGCCAGAAAUACCUGACAUAAUUCUGGCAUCAAAAUCAAGUAAUGCAACUCAUGCAGAUACAAAAGCUCAUCCAUGUGAAAAUUCUUGGGUCAUCAUAUAUGUACUUGGUGGUAUAACUCCAGACGAAAUAAAUAUAAUAGAAAAUAUAAUAAAUUCAAAAAAUAACAAUUCUCUAAGAGUAACUGUAGGUGGUACUAGAUUAUUAAGCCCUUUGGAAGUGGUGGAUAAAAUAUUACUAUCAAAUAUAACUAAUGUAUGAAAAUAACUGAAUAAAAUACCUUAUUUUUACAACAUAAA